AUGGCCAACGAGGACGCGACGGCAACGCGCCUAGAAAACAUCGAAACCGAGUUGCAGUCGAUAGCAACAUUCGCAGAAAGAGAACCUACUGCAGCGAAGGCGGAGCACGGCCUCUCUCCGCGACAACGAUACAUACUGGCGACACAGACAGUGAACGCCACCCUCAAGUCUCUUACCGACGCCCUGAAGACACCAGUGACGCAACGAACAGCCAAAUCGCCGCCAGCAUCAAAGCCCUCUCCGACCGUUGCGACGAAUGCGCAAAAGCCUCACGCAAAGAGCUCAUCUGUCACAAAUCACCCACUGAAAGAGCGCUCAGUCAGCCAGGCCACCAACUCGUCGACAAGACCAAAGGGAUUGCGCCGCUCCUCGUCCUACCCGACCUUCACAGACCCCGACGCAAGCCUGCUUGCGACUGCCGAAUGCGCUAGGCUAGGAUUCGCAUAUCUGAGCACAUCAGAGGGUGCUCAAUUCGUAGGGAAAAAUUCGCCUGAACUGGCAUUGGAGAAUGGACGGCUGUCACUGGUUGGAAAGCUGGUGACUCAUGGCUUGGACAGCCUUGCAGUAAAAGAAAUGCGCUUAUUGAAGAAGAGGCUGGACACAUAUACUCUGCGGAAGAAUGGAACAGAGGAGUUACGACCUGCCUCUAGUCGGUCCGCGUCUCAGCAGGUACCCCCACCGGAAAAGGAAAGUCUGGCAGCACUCUUAGACUUUGGUGACGUGGAUCGCACCAAUGCGGCUAUUCCCAUCAUCAUCAAUUUGCAGAUCUACGUGCUGCGUGUGAUUGGAAGACUCAAACGUCCACGACAUGUAGAAGCGGUCUGGAACUAUCUCAAGCUGUCGCAUCCUUCGAACCCCACUAGCCUCAUCUUGCACACUGCGAAAGAGAAGGCACAACAGCCUAAAGCAGCACGCCAGCUGGAAUCACUCGCGCAGACGAUCCUCAAUCUUUGUCCUAGUAUCUCCCCCUCAGAUGACGAUGAGCAGCCACAACCGUCUCCAGAUAUCGUUCUAUGCUUGCAACAUCUCGCGUUUGGGGUUCGACAACGAUGGUGGGGAUUGGCUCAACACCAGGGCAAUAAAGACAAGGAGCUCAUCGAGCCUUUUGGAAAAUGUCUCGUAGCUUUUACGAGACGGUCAACCUUACCUGCCGCAAAGCAGUAUAGGAUUGCCGAGUCCUUGUAUUCGAACUUGCUGGGUACGGGCAAAACCACUGACUUUUCCCAAAGAGAUGGACAGGGCUUGUCCGAACUCAAGAAUUCGACGCUCGCAUCACUCGCACGUGCUGCAGAUCUUCCCGAGGAAGCGUUCCGGUGGUUGGGAAGUCAAUCUUCUUCUUUUCUCACGAAAGAUUCUUCGGCAGCAAUUACGGUUCGAUCGGUUCGCGUCGCCUCCAUUUCCCUCGAAGCUUGCCUGAAGGGCUCAUCAAAGCCGGACCAAGACGCCACCAUCGACACUGCUCUCGAAAGGCUUUCCGGUAGCUUGGAUGGAACAGCCAGGGAUCUGGAAACGCUACUGCUAGAGGUCCACGCAUUACGGCGCGUAGCAAGCCGUAUCCUAUCAUUGAUUGCUUCAGUAGGCAAUACAAAAUGGUCACCAACGCUUCGCGAGCAGUGUGUACGCAUCGUCGCAAUUAGCAUACACUUUUCUAGGAGAUUCAUGGGAAGCCGGCCUACCGAAGAUUCCUCUCCUGGAAAGAUAAAAUCAUACCAAGCACGUCUAGCCAUUGCUGCUAAGCUUGUGAGGAGUACUGUUGAUGCUGUGUCAGUCUGUUGCAGACUGCCAUUGACAUCAGAUGCCGCAUGGGAAGAGCUCGACGUAUUGAUCCAAGACUGCGUGCGCUUCACAUCGCAGCUUGAGGAAGAGUCGGUAGACAAUGAUUAUGCGGGCUUUGGCUCGCAAGAAGGCACGCAGUCUCUCUUUGUCAAGUUCUCUAACUCGUACUGGACCUUGCGGCGACAGUUACAAAAAAUUGGGUUCUGA